CAAGUAUUGAUGGCGUCCCCUCUCUCUCCUCCCAUCACCUCUCCCGCCCGCCGUCUCGCCUGCGCUCGACGCCGCCAUGCCUGCACGCCAGCCCGCAGACCACGACCCCCUCGACGCCAUCUUACGACCCCCGUUCGACGAGACACCCGAGGAGAAGGCGUCCCGCGUCGCGCAGGAGGAGGAGGCGCGCCGCGUCAGUCUCGCCAUUGACGACAGCAUCCGCCAGGAUCGCAUCCAGAGGAAGAAGGCGAAGGUCGUCAGGCUUCUCCUGCUCGGCCAGAGCGAGUCAGCCCCGCGUCGGCUCGCCCCGAGCCUGCACUCCACCGGGCACAGAUCUUACGGCGACUCUGCGUCUGCGUCUGACACUGACUCGGCCGACACGCCGCCCGUACCUGCGCUGCCGGGGCGCCUGAGCGAAUUCCGCGCCCGCCUCGCGCCGCUGCGCCACGUCGAAUCGCUCCUCGUGUCUCGUCUUGUGCCCCCCAGCGAGGACGCGCCGUUCCUACCGACGCGGCCGCGCGCGGACACCACCGGCGAGGUCUUCGUGCGCCCGGGCUCAUGGAAGCGUGGCUGGCGGAUCGGCCCGUUCGGUAGUGGUGGGCAUGGGCCGGUGGGCCAGGCGGAGAAGGAGCUCGCGGAACAGGUGCAGGGCAUACUUUGGCGGUGCAGCUCGGACUUGAUGAGUCUGUGGUACGACCAGACGGUGAGAGCGAUCUUGAGGAAGCGGAAGGUCCGGCUGGAGGAGAGCCCUGGAUUCUUCUUGAAUGAUUUGCCUCGAGUCACGUCGCUCAACUAUUCACCGUCGGACGCGCGACUCAAGACGGUCGGCGUGUCUGAAUACCGGUUCGAGAUGGAGGCGGGCUCUGAGAGCGGCACGCAAUGGCGGAUCAUCGACGUCGGCGGGUCGCGAAGCCAGGUACAGUCUUGGGUUCCCUUCUUCGAUGAUAUCGAUGCUAUCAUCUUCCUCGCGCCCAUAUCUGGCUUCGACCAAACUCUCGCGGAAGAUCGGAGUGUGAACCGGCUGGAAGACAGCGUCCUGCUGUGGAAGGCCGUCUGUGGGAACAAGCUGCUCGCGCGGGUCGACCUAGUGCUCUUCCUGAACAAGUGUGAUAUACUGGCGUCGAAGCUCAGCUCGGGCGUGCGGCUCGCGAAGUAUGUGAAGAGCUUUGGAGAACGGUCGAACGACGCGGAUACUGCGGAGAAGUGUAAGGGGAUCAUUUGACUGGAGUGCGAAGAUGACGGUGCUGAGCGUCGAUGUAGACUUCAGGAGCAAGUUCAACGCGAUACAUAGGGAGUACUCGCCGAUCCCGCGCAAGUUUAUGGGUUUUGUACCUCCGUUAC